GAAAUCCCACAGAUUCUUUUGUGGCCGUUGUCAGAGGACCGGCGGCCGGCCCGCGGCCCUUUUAUAAGUGUGCGAACCCCUUGAUCUGCAGGGGAGCCCUUGAGGCGGAAAAAACGUAUUUUUUUUGAGCGCCAUCUCUUAACAAAGCUGUUCGUGGGGCGUGGGACGUUUGUUUUUGUAAAAUGUGUGUGUGUUUAGAACACGAAACUGCACGCAGUUGAACAAUGGAUGGAUGCUCGUCCCUCCUUUUCCGGUGCCCGCUGUGGCGAGGCUUAUUAAAACGGUCUUUGAUACCUACUGUGUGCCCGGCAGGUGGAGAGGAACUUGGGCACGGCCGUCCCUGGAGGGACAGAGCCGCCGCCGCAUCUCCCGCUGAGCUCUGGCUGACACAGAGGCCACAGAAGAGGGAGCUGUUAACCCAAGCCGAGGUGGGCACAGACAGCCCAGACUGCCUGCUGGAGGAGAUGAAGAGAGAGAGAUUUUUAAAAAAUACAAUGUCUAAUGGUUAUGAAGACCACAUGGCUGAAGACUGCAGGGACGACAUUGGGAGAACGAACCUAAUUGUCAACUACCUCCCUCAGAACAUGACCCAGGAGGAGCUGCGGAGUCUGUUCAGCAGCAUUGGCGAGGUUGAAUCUGCAAAGCUCAUUCGGGAUAAAGUAGCAGGACACAGCUUGGGCUAUGGCUUUGUGAACUAUGUCACUGCGAAGGAUGCGGAGAAAGCCAUCAACACGCUGAAUGGUCUGAGGCUGCAGUCCAAGACCAUCAAGGUGUCCUAUGCUCGCCCGAGCUCCGAGGUCAUCAAAGAUGCCAACUUGUAUAUCAGUGGGCUCCCGCGGACCAUGACACAGAAGGAUGUGGAGGACAUGUUCUCCCGCUUUGGACGCAUCAUCAACUCCCGGGUCCUUGUGGAUCAGACCACAGGUUUGUCCAGAGGGGUUGCGUUUAUCCGGUUUGACAAACGGUCGGAAGCAGAAGAGGCAAUUACCAGUUUCAAUGGUCAUAAACCCCCAGGUUCCUCCGAGCCCAUCACAGUGAAGUUUGCAGCCAACCCCAACCAGAACAAAAACGUGGCGCUGCUCUCACAGCUGUACCACUCACCUGCCAGACGGUUUGGAGGCCCCGUACACCACCAGGCACAGCGAUUCAGGUUCUCCCCUAUGGGUGUAGAUCACAUGAGUGGGCUUUCUGGUGUCAAUGUCCCAGGAAACGCGUCUUCAGGCUGGUGCAUCUUCAUCUACAACCUCGGGCAGGACGCCGACGAGGGGAUCCUCUGGCAGAUGUUUGGCCCCUUUGGCGCCGUCACCAAUGUGAAAGUGAUUCGAGAUUUCAACACCAACAAGUGCAAAGGGUUUGGCUUUGUGACCAUGACAAACUAUGAAGAAGCCGCAAUGGCCAUAGCCAGCCUGAAUGGCUACCGCCUGGGGGACAAAAUCUUACAGGUUUCCUUCAAAACCAACAAGUCCCACAAAUAACUCGCUCAUGCUUUUUUUUUGUACGGAAUAGAUAAUUAAGAGUGAAGAAGUUGAAACUUUUUUGUUAGUGUACAACUCAUUUUGCGCCAAUUUUCACAAGUGUUUGUCUUAGUCUAAAUGAGAAGUGGAAAGGUUUUUAUACUCUGGGAUGCCACCGACAUGUUCAAAUGUUUGAAAUCCCACAAUGUUAGACCAAUUUUAAGUUUCUUAAGUUAUUUCCUUUAAAAUAUAUAUUAAACAGAAACCUAAGUAGACUGCAUUGACUAACCAGUCCCUCCGGAUGGUGGAGAAGCCGAAGCAUGCUCUAACCUCUGACUGUCUAACACGCGUCUCACUCGCUGUCUUCACAAACUGGAUAAGAAAAGGAUGAUCUUUUAGUUUUAGUUCUCAAUCUAGAGAUGUUAGACAGACGUGGAGGGUGUGUCUUCCCAACCGCGUCCGCAUUCUAAGCGAUUGAUGCUUUGGUUGACAGGAAGCUGCUUUCCGAAGCGGGUCCCACAGCCAUCUCCCGCUCGCUCAGUCCUGGGCUCUGCUGAGUGGUCCUGGGAGUGGCAGCGGGGCCCGUUGGAGGUGGGCUGCCACCGGGGAGGGGGCCACACGCCGGGCCAGGCAGGACCCUCCAGAGAAGGACACAUAGGUGUUUUCUAAGCCCGGGCACCCAUGGGAACGGACCAAAGAGUUUCAGGGAAACUCCAGUGUAUUGUAGAGUCAGCUGUCAGCCCCGCACGCCUGCGGGUGUGUCGGUGCCCCGACCCCGAGCUUGUGCCCACACAUCGCAUGCACGGUGCCCCCACUGCAAACUGUCGUUCACGAUGAGCUCUCCGGUUUCCAAGAGCAUUUAACAUAGCUUGAAUGCAUAAGAUAGCUCUAUUUUUUAAUAACACAUAAACAUUUGAGCAUUGUAUCUCUCGCAUCCCUUCUUGUGAGCGCUAGACUUGUUUCUAUUUUAGUCGGGUUUUGUUUUGGAAUUUUGCUUUCGUAUGAACACUCAGCAGAAAAGUACUUACUUCUUGCCAGCUAUCUAUUAACAAAAACCUUUGAUUUGUAGAUUUAAAAAGAUUAACCCUCCAAGUUCUCUUCAUAACUGCCUUGACAUUUUGGGUUGUUCUGUUCUGUUAAUUUUCUUUUGCUUUUUUGUGUUUUUUGUUUGUUUUUACUUUUGCAUUUAAGACCAUUAAAUUUGAUUUUGUUUUGCUCGAA